AUGGGGACCUACUCCGAGGAGCCAUCUGCGAAGACGCAUAUCGGCUCGUCUCGACACUCAUCUUCGACACAAGUCUCACAAACACAUGAUCAAGUCGAAGCACUAGCCCGCCGUGUCACGGCUCAGUCGGCCAGGCUCGACCAUGUAACAGAGAACAGCGCCCUCAACCCUGUCAAGGGUAGCAAUUUGGAUCCAUUCUCAGCGGACUUUGACAGAGCCCUCUGGACCCAGGCCUACAUACGCGAAUUCGAGGCCGACCCUGACACGGCGCCCCCACGCAAGGCCGGCGUGGCGUUCCGUAACCUGGGCGUCUUUGGCCACACCUCGGGUGACCAGUACCAGCAGAGCACCGGCAACAUCCUGCUCAGCUUGACCUCGACUCUUGCCGGGAAGGUCACUGGUCGUGCCGCUACUCGUGUAGACAUCUUGCAAGGCUUUGACGGCAUCGUUGAUCCCAAGGAAAUGCUACUUGUUCUAGGGCCCCCCGGCUCAGGAUGCUCGACCUUUCUCAAAACCUUGUCAGGGCGUACCGAGGGACUCAACAUCACAGAGGAAUCAUACAUCAACUUUACAGGCAUCGAUCCAAGCCACAUGCACAACUGGUUCCGGGGCGAUGUGCUCUACAACGCCGAGGUUGACGUCCACCUCGCGCCCCUCUCCGUCGGCGACACUCUCGAAUUCGCAGCGCGUGCUCGCGUUCCUGCCAAGAUCCCCGGUGGCUUCAGCAAGAAUGAGUACGCCCGUAUCAUGCGCGACGUCAUCAUGGCCACUUUUGGCAUUUCCCACACCAUUGACACAAAGGUCGGCGACGACAUCGUUCGAGGUGUUUCUGGAGGCGAGCGCAAGCGCGUCAGCAUCGCAGAGGCAUCCCUCACAGGCGCCAAGUUUCAAUGCUGGGACAACAGCACCCGUGGCUUGGACAGCGGCAAUGCCAUCUCCUUCUGCAAGACCCUGCGCGUUCAGGCAGACAUUAUGAAUGUGGCUGCUGUCGUUGCCAUCUAUCAGGCGCCCCAGGCGGCCUACGAGACCUUUGAUAAAGUCACCGUGCUGUACGAGGGCCGUCAGAUCUACUUUGGCCGUACUGAAAAGGCGAAACACUACUUUGAGCAACUGGGCUUCGAAUGCCCUGACAGGCAGACCACCGCCGAUUUCCUGACAUCCAUGACGUCGCCACAAGAACGUCGCAUCAGGGCGGGAUGCGAGCAAAUGGUCCCAAACACUCCUGACGAGUUCGCCGCCAGGUGGCGUGAUUCGCAGGAACGUGCCGCUCUCAUUACUGAGCUCGACCAAUACGAUGCCGCACAUCCUCAACAACAGCGUAUGGAUGAGUUCACGCUCAGCCGAAAGGUCGAGCGCAGUUCAGCGCAACGGCUUAAAUCGCCCUACACGAUCCCAUAUUUCGACCAGGUCAGGCUCUGUAUCUGGCGUGGAUGGAAGCGCCUGAUUGCGGAUCCCGGAUUCACUGUGGCACAGCUCAGCUUCAACUUGAUCAUGGGUCUCGUCUUGGGUAGUGCAUUCUACAACCUCUCGGGUGACACAAGCAGUUUUUAUCCCCGCGGCGCUGUUGUCUUUUUCGCACUCUUGUUCAAUGCUUUUGCCAGCGAGCUUGAGGUCCUCACCUUAUAUAUCCAGAGACCUGUUGUCGAGAAGCACAACCGAUAUGCUUUCUAUCAUCAGUCUGCCGAAGCAAUCUCGAGUUACGUUCUUGAACUUCCUUACAAGAUUACUAAUGCUAUCAUGUUCAACACGAUCGUCUACUUCCUCGCCAAUCUCCGCCGCGAACCAGGAGCAUUCUUCUUCUUCGUUUUCACGGUUUUCCUCAUUCUCCUCAUCAUGUCGGGCGUGUACCGUACCAUGGCCUCGAUCGCGCGCACGUCCGACCAGGCGCUAGUGCCAGUUGCUCUCAUCACCAUGGGCGUCAUGGUCUACACUGGUUUCACAAUCCCUGUAGACUAUAUGCCCAGCUGGUCGAGGUGGAUGAACUACAUCAAUCCUCUUGCCUACGGCUUUGAGGCACUCCUGGCGAAUGAAUAUCACGGACGCGAAUUUCCUUGUGCAAGCAUCGCGCCUGCUGGUCCCGGCUACGAUGACCUUUCCCUGGCUAACCGAACCUGCACUGUCGUUGGCGCAGUGCCCGGUGAUUCCAUGGUCUCCGGCGACCGCUAUAUUGAGAUCAGUUUCGGAUACUACAAUGCCCACAAGUGGAGGAAUAUCGGUAUCCUUUUCGGCUUCUUGAUCUUCUUCUUUUGCACCUAUGUCUUCGCUGCCGAGUACGCGAAACCUCCUGUCAACAAGGGUGAGGUUCUUUUGUAUCGUCGGGGCAAAGUCCCUGCUUUGUCCAAGAAACUCGGGCAGAAGGACGAGGAGAGCCAAACGCCUUCGCGGCCCAUCACUGAAAAGCCUACGGCUGAGGCGAAAAGCGAUGAUCUAGAGAAGGAGAAGAGGCCCAGCCCAAGCACUUGCGGAAAGCCCAUUUUCCAUUGGGAAGAUGUCUGCUAUGACGUCAAGAUCAAAGGAAAUGACCGUCGCAUUCUUGACCACGUCGACGGAUGGGUGCAGCCUGGUGUGGUCACCGCCUUAAUGGGCUCGUCUGGAGCGGGAAAGACCACCCUCCUAGAUGCUCUCGCCACUCGUGUCACGAUGGGUGUGCUCACUGGCGACACUCUCGUCAAUGGAAAACCGACGGACAUGUCCUUCCCUCACCGCGUAGGCUAUGUUCAGCAGCAGGACCUUCACAUGAACACUAUGACCGUGAGAGAAGCCCUGGAGUUCAGUGCAGUCUUGCGUCAGAGCGCUGAGAUUCCUCGCGCCGAGAAACUUGCGUACGUCGACGAAGUGAUUAAGACCCUGGAGAUGGAGGCCUUUGUCGAUGCUGUCAUUGGUGUACCAGGUGAGGGCCUGAACGUGGAACAGCGCAAGCGGUUGACAAUCGGUGUCGAGUUGGCUGCCCGUCCUCAGCUGCUUGUCUUCCUUGACGAACCGACCUCCGGUCUCGACUCUCAAACAUCUUGGGCCAUCUGCGACCUCAUUGAACGACUGGCCAAGAGUGGCCAGGCUGUCCUCUGCACCAUCCACCAGCCGUCUGCCAUGCUCUUCUCGCGCUUUGACAGACUUCUUCUUCUGCAACCAGGUGGAAGGACUGUCUACUUCGGAGACAUUGGUGCUGGCUCCCGCACGAUGAUUGAAUACCUCGAGAGAAAUGGCGCGCCGCCUUGCCCUCCAGCCGAGAACCCGGCGGAGUGGAUGCUGAAGGUUACGCUUCCUUCGACUGACGGACCCGAUUGGUUUAGCAUCUGGCACAACUCCCCUGAGUAUCGCGAAACCAAGGCUGAGCUGCAGCGUCUGCGAGACGGAAACACCCCGGUCGAGCGCAGCGCGGCGCAGGAUUUGGCCUCGCAACAUAACGAAUUCGUCGCCUCGUUCUGGACCCAGUUCCGCGAGGUCCUGCUCCGCGUGUUUAAGCAUUUCUGGAGGUCGCCAUCUUACCUGUGGUCGAAGAUUGCUGUCACUGGUCUCCUCGCUCUCUACAUCGGAUUCAGCUUCACAUCCAGCAAUAGUCUUCAAGGCCUCCAGAAUCAGCUCUACGCGUUCUUCAUGGCCUUCCUCAUUUUUAACCCCUUCAACAAGCAGAUCAUGCCCAUGUUUGUACCGCAGCGUGCACUCUACGAAGUUCGCGAGCGCCCUUCCAAAAUCUACCGCUGGUCUGCCUUCAUGCUCUCCAAUGUUGUCGUCGAGUUCGUCUGGAACACCGCCGCCGCUGUUCUCUUCUUCUUCUGCUGGUAUUAUCCCGCUCGAUUCUUCAAAAACACCACCUCAGACGACGUCACAAUCCGCGGCUUCACCACGUUCCUCUUUAUUUGGCAGCUCUUCCUCUGGAUCUCGACCGUCUCGCAAUUCGUCAUCGCUGCCAUUGAGCACGCUGACCUGGCCAGCGUGCCCGCAGCGCUCAUCUGCAUCAUGGCCCUCUGCUUUUGCGGCAUCGGCACCGUGCGCUCGACCCUCCCCGCGAUCUGGGCCGAUUUCAUGUACCGUGUCAGCCCCAUGACCUACCUCGCCAGCGGCGCGCUGUCCACCGCUCUCCACGGAGCCAAGGUUGUCUGUAGGCCCGAAGAGGUUGUGCGCAUCCCUGCCCAGGCGGCCAUGAGCUGCGCCGAGUUCCUGGAACCAUACAGUCAGCGCUUCAGUGGAUACCUGGUUGAUGUCAGCGAUGACAGCGUGUGCGGAUGGUGCCCGAUGAGCACGACCGACGACUACCUUGCCACCUUCGAGAUCAGCUUCGGUGACCGGUGGAGGAACUUUGGCAUUGGGUGGGUUUUCAUUCUCUUCAACAUUGCAGCGGCCUGCGGCCUGUACUGGCUGUUCCGCGUGCCCCGGGGUCAGGGUAUCAAGAGGAAGUAA